AUGGCACGUCCGGGACACAGAAUACAGGGAGCCUAUCAAUCCAUUCAUUUUCAUGAUGACAAAGUGUUAGCAGCCCUGCGCUACUGCUGUAAAAUAUGGUCAAUGGAUACUGGCAAGAUAUUUGUUGGUUUCAAUAUUGGUCCUUCAGAUUGUAAUUCUAUGUAUCACUUUCCUAACAGUGGAUUACUCAUGUUUGCAUCAGAGUCUCCCAAGAUUUCUACCUACUUUAUCCCACUGCUUGGAGAGGCACCUUUCUGGUGCAGUUAUUUAGACAGUCUUGUGGUCGAAUGCGAACCAGAUGUUACAACUAUGUAUGACGGUUAUAAAUUCAUCACUCGUCAACAGUUAGCAGAUUUGGGAAUGUCAGAGCUCAUUGGAACUCAAUUUUUGAGAGCUUACAUGCAUGGAUAUUUCAUUUCUGCAAAUCUGUACAACAAAAUACAAGAUCAUCUGGGGAUUAAUCAGAAAUCCCUUACCCAAACAGUCAAGCUUAACUAUCCUGACAACGUACCUAAAGCUUCAUCGCGUUCUGAAAAUAUAAUUGCAGAGUUUAACGAAGCCUCAGCCGACCAGCGCUUUUCCAAACUCUCAGAUAAUCCUAAGCUUACAUACAGUACUGUAGAUGGCGAUUCAGAUCUCAUACAAAUUCAUCAAGCAAGAUUGGAAAAGAAGCGCAGGCGUAAAGAACUGCGGAAAGAACGAGCUGCUCGAACACAGGCUUUGGUUAAUAAAGCCUCUGAUGUGCAUGUAUAA